AUGAGCCGAAGAACUGAAGAUAUAACUUGUCCCACUAUUGCUAAUAUCUACACACACGUAAGUAACCUCACAAAGGUUACUUCAGAACUUUCCACUAACACACAAGAAUUAACCACAAAGCUUCUUGACUUCCAAAUGAAUCAAGAAAAGACAAACACUGAGUUCUUAACUAUAUUAGAUAAGAUUCAGAAUCAAAUUAAAAAACUUGAAAAUUCUAAAUAUAGCACUGAACUAGAUCAUAAACUUAGCCAAAUAGUAGAUACUAUUGGUGAAAAAAUUACCAAAGAUGUAGAAGUAAUAGAUAGUGAUAUGACUGGAUUCGUGGAUGAAGUUGUUAAUAAAGCUUUUGAUAAAGUAAUGAGUGAAAUUAACAAAAGUACAGAAAAAGCUUUAAAUGAAGUUAAAGAUGAUGAUGACAAUUAUAUUGAUAAAGACGCUGAAGAGGCUCAUUACCUUCCAGUUUUGAGAGAACAGAUUCAUAUAAAAAUUAAUCAGCAUUUAGACUGGGCAAAAAAUAAACAAAAAAGAAAAUUCAGCAUUGCUAAGGAUAUUGGACGUGAAUAUAUCUAUAAUCUAGAAGAAACUCCUGUAGCACCCCAUAAUAGAGAUGUCACUGAAGAAUAUGUAAAAUUUUUCUUGCGGGAAUUGAAGAAAAAUCUAAAAACUUAUAGUAACCCAAGUAAAUUGCAAGAGAAUGUUAUUGCACUUUGUCAUAGCCAACACCGCUGUAGAGCAUCAGAGCUUACUUUUUUACAUCCUUUCAAGGAUGUUCUCAAAAUUCUUCAAAUCGAUUGUACUUCUCCUGAAAUAAGUGAAGAUGAAGCUGAAGCAUCAUCUAAAAAGCGUGGAAGAAAAAAGUUGCAUGUUUCUGAAAUGGCUUUUAGAUCUAAAGAGGCAAUUCAUAUUAUUAAACAAAUUGAUCAUGCUAUAAGAGUUGAUAAAUCUGGCAAAAGAAGUAGUGCCACCAAAAUACCUAAAUUCAAAAUAAAUAAACUACCUCCUUGGGCUGUCUGUAGAGGUGCAAUUCGUACGUCUAGCAGUGCUAGUGGUUUUAGCAGUUCUGAUUUAGCAAUUACAUUAGAAAUUUAG